CAGCAAGGAAGAUUGAUCGGUGAGUCGCAAUCAGGUAGCCAGGCGGCCAGCAGCAACCAGGAGAUCGUCGGCAUGGCCAGGUCGUCGUCGGCUCUGCUCCUCGCCCUGCUCGUGUCCGCGGCGUGCCUCGCCCAGCUGGGCUCCGCGACGCGCCCCGUCCCGGUACAGCAGGCGCCGGCCGAGGACGUGAAGCGCCCUGACACGUUGCAGGAGGGGACGGUGCUGAUCCCGGGGAUCGGGCGGUACGAGCUCGGCAGCCACUACAUCCCGGACAUCGGCGGACUGGACCACAGCAUCCCCGCCGCCGCCAACGGGCAGUACCUUCCCGGCGCCGACGACACCUGGGUGCCGAACCCCGGCUUCGAGAUCCCCAACCCCUUCCGCCCCGGCGCGGCCACUCCCUGAAUGAACACCCGCGCGCCGCGCGCCCGCGACGGCGACGGCGACGGCGGUGGUGCUCGAUCAGUCCGUCGUCUCGGCCUCGCCAUCCCCAGAAUAAUUUCCGAUCCACCUACUACGUAUAUAGCUAGAGCUAGCCGUGCUUUGUGUUCCCUGCAUGCACGUACGCAUGUCUUUGUGUUGCCGCCCCCACCUCGCUGCUGUUCUUGUGUGCAGUUGUGCUUGAGUGCGUGAAGUGUGCACGCGCGAUGCGUAGGAAGAAGCGUCAGAUCUUGACCGAGUUGGUUUGUUUCUCCGCCACUAUUGAUUCGAAUAAAAUUAUCAUUAUCAUC